GCCGGCUUUUCUGUUUUGUGAGCAAACCGGAAGCUUCUUACUCAUUCCAUUUUGUGAUUGGUUGAUUGGUGCUGCCGCCUGCCGCGCUUGGCUUUCUUGUUUGCUGUUGGGUUUGCCUGUCGAAUUUGUGAAUUCCAUUUUCUACUAAAAAUCGUUCCUUUCCUUUAGUCACCAAAAAAACCUUUAAUUCACAAUGAGCAAACUUUCCGAAGCUGAAGACGACCCCGAGGUUUACGAAAGCUCAGGCGAAGAAUGGGACUCUGAUUCAGUCAAAGGAAAGAAAAAGAAUAACCGUCGCACAUCUGCCAGGCAACCCAAAAAGCCGAAACGCAUGGCUGAAUCUGCUACCAGUGAAGAUGAAGAAGAGGAGGAAGAUUCAGAAGAUGAGCCACCACCAAAAAAGAAAUCAAAAAAUGGAACCACCAACAAAAAGGCAAAACCCAAAGGAAAACCAGCAGCAAAUUCAGCAGGUUCAGAGGAAGAUGCUGAGGAUGAGGAGGAUGAGGAAGACAUAGAUGAAGAAGAGGACGAGGAUGAGGAGGAAGAUGACGAAGAAGAUGAGGGGUCUGCUGAAGAUUCUAACAAAGGGAAAAAAAUGGUACCCAAAACAAUUAAUUCAGGAGAAUAUGAGCCUGGCUCUUUUGUGAUUUUGAGGAAAGAUGCUCAAGUGGAACCCUCCAAGCAUCCUAACAUCUGGAGAAUAGAUGGGAAGGCAUUACUCCAAAAAUAUGAAGCAUUUGCUGACGAUGGGAAGGUCAGGCAUAGGAACACUUCUAUAUAUACUGGCUGGUCGCCUAUGGACCAAGAGCUGUAUGCGCCAGUGACAGUAGAUGUGGUGAAACAGAAAGGCCAGGAUCUUACUGUUGAGCUGCAAUGGGAUAAACUGAAAGACAUUGAAGUCUACAGUGAUGAAGAGGAAGAAGAAGAAACAGAAUAGGCUUUCGCGUAAUCUUAAGUUUAAUGUAUUGAAGAUAUUUGUUUUUAUUCAUCCUUAGUCUGCAAUCCAAUCUCAGUGUUUCAGUUCAUGCAUAACAUUCUGAUUUUUUGAUAGACAUGAAAUUAUAGUUGGAUUCGCCAUUUUCCAAAUAAAUCUUUUUUUAUAUAGA